CACCGAUCUACGGACAGAGCCGAAGAUGUCGGCUUGGUCAUGUGAUCAGCUGUGUCCAAUCACAGCUGAUCAUAUCUGUCAUGCUGACAGCUCGAGAGGAGAGGGGACAUGUACACUGAUCAUCAGGGCACUGAUGAUCAGUGUGCCCUGAUGAUCAGUGUGGCCCCAGAAGUGCCACCUGUCAGUGCUGAACAGUGUCACGUGCCAGUGCCCAUCAGUGCCACAUAUCAGUGCCUACCAGUGCACAUCAAUGCCACAUAUCAGUGCCCAUCUGAGCUGCCUUUCAGUGCCACCUAUCAAUGCCUAUCAAUGCCGCCUAUCAGUGCCCAACAGUGCCAGUCAGUGCCACCUAUCAGUGCCCAUCAGUGAUGCCUGUCAAUGCCCAUCAGUGA